CCUGUUUCUGUGGCUCCUUGAAAUCAACCUUCUUGCUUUAUCACAGUGGGCAAGAAAGCGGUUCAUUAGUCAUACGAUCUGAGACACACAUAGCUAGCUAUAUGAGGCUAACCCAUUUCGACCGACUCAAAAGUUACAUUAAUGACAUCUAGCUAACGCGUUAGCGGCUAGGUGGAUGACAAGCUAGCGAUGGUCGUGGUUUUAUUGUUUGGCCUGUCACAACCGUUUUUUUUAGCCAGCUAACGUUAACUUUAGCAUAUUCUUUCUGUCAAUCAUCGAGAUAAACCCAAAUGGCAGAGAACUGGCAGGACGCGACCUGUCAACAGGUGAAGUUGAUAGCAGGUCGCCUGAAUGAGCUUCUUUCCACCGGCCUAGACCUCUUGCACUCAGAACUCGGGGUGGAUUUUGGAGUGAAGCCCGAGAUUCCGCCAUGGUUGAUCUUCUUAGCAGCGUGCAUUGGGCUCGUGCUAAUGGUGGCUAUGUGGGCCUCGGCCUGUCGUGGGCUGUUCAAGAAGCGAGCGACCAUAAUUGAAGUUGAUGAGACUAUUGAAAGCACUAAACCAGCUCCUAUCAAGGUUGCGAGAGCAGAGGAACAGAAGAAAAAGAAAAGGAAACCUACAGAAAAGGUAAUGUUUCCAAUGUUGCCUUACUAGCUAGUUAUGCUAUGCUAAUUAUGACAGCUCUAACGUCACAGUAGCUAGCUAGCUAGUAGUAGCCGACAUUAGCAUGAUUCGGCUAGCUAGAUGAACCUGUCACACGAGCCAAACUCAUAUUUUUUUCAAAUUCAGCCUUGUCUUCUCUUUUGUCCCGCAGAAAUCACAGCCAAAUGGUCGUACAGUUGCUGAGCUGCAAGAGGAAGUCAGAGUGACAGAAGACAACCUGCCAGUAGUGCCACAUCAUUCUCCUCAAGUCAAGACAGAAAAGGCUUCUGAGGUAGGCCUAAUGUUGCUUGCAGAGACAAAUGCUUGUAUGCUAGCCUAGGAGACUAGUGAAAGAGUUGAAUCUGUUGUAUGCAAAACAAAGUCCGUUGUAUGUAAACUAAGGUCAGGUCUGCUUGGGUAUAAUUAGCUAUGUAAUAUCCCAAUUUCUGCGCUAAACAUGCCUUGAAGAUGAGAACGGGCCUUAUGCCGUAUGUAGUGGAGUUUUACUAGUGAUGAUGUGGCUUUUAGACUAGAGGCCUGCCUCCCUUAGGACGCCUACUGUCCUGUGAUGUGCAGGGGCCAGCUGUCAGUGUCUGGUUGCCAGAUCUUAACUUGCAGAUGCAGCAAAUCUUAAAGGAUGGGACCGAUGGCUUCCUGAUUUAGCUAGUGUCAAGUGUGGCUACUCCGUGAUCAAAUACAGCUCUCAACCCAGCUGACUGUCAAUCAAUGCUCUUUAUAGUUGAUUUUGGCAUCAUUCUGCAUUGAGGCGCUGACAUUUUAAAUUUUUUUUAUUUGAUUUGUUGAUGUUUGGUUUAUAGCGUUUGAGAGUGUAAGUACGGUAUACCCUAUAAAUGACAUGUCAAAAGGCUCUUGGUAGACAGAUUUAGGGGAACAGGAUGGUGUACAGUUGAAGUCGGAGGUUUACAUACACCUUAGCCAAAUACAUUUAAACUCAAGUUUUUCACAAUUCCUGACAUUUAAUCCUAGUAAAAAUUCCCUGUCUUAGGUCAGUUAGGAUCACCACUUUAUUUUAAUGUGAAAUGUCAGAAUAGUAGAGAGAAUUAUUUAUUUAUUUCAUCACAUUCCCGGUGGGUCAGAAGUUUACAUAAACUCAAUUAGUAUUUGGUAGCAUUGCCUUUAAAAUGUUUAACUUGGGUCAAACGUUUUGGGUAGCCUUCCACAAGCUUCCCACAAUAAGUUGGGGGAAUUUUGGCCCAUUCCUCCUGACAGAGCUGGUGUAACUGAGUCAGGUUUCUAGGCCUCCUUGCUCGCACACGCUUUUUCAGUUCUGCCCACAAAUGUUCUAUAGGAUUGAGGUCAGGGCUUUGUGAUGGCCACUCCAAUACCUUGACUUUGUUGUCCUUAAGCCAUUUUGCCACAACUUUGGAAGUAUGCUUGGGGUCAUUGUCCGUUUGGAAGACCCAUUUGCGACCAAGCUUUAACUUCCUGACUGAUGUCUUGAGAUGUUGCUUCAAUAUAUCCACAUAAUUUUCCUUCCUCAUGAUGUCAUCUAUUUUGUGAAGUGCACCAGUCCCUCCUGCAGCAAAGCACCCCCACAGCAUGAUGCUGCCACCCCUGUGCUUCACGGUUGGGAUGGUGUUCUUCGGCUUGCAAGCUACCCACUUUUUCCUCCAAACAUAACGAUGGUCAUUAUGGCCAAACAGUUCUAUUUUUGUUUCAUCAGAGCAAAGGACAGUUCUCCAAAAAGUACGAUCUUUGUCUCUAUGUGCAGUUGCAAACCGUAGUCUGGCUUUUUUAUGGCAGUUUUGGAACAGUGGCUUCUUUCUUGCUGAGCGGCCUUUCAGGUUAUGUCGAUAUAGAUACUUUUGUACCUGUUUCCUCCAGCAUCUUCACAAGGUCCUUUGCUGUUGUUCUGGGAUUUAUUUUCACUUUUCGCACCAAAGUACGUUCAUCUCUAAGAGACAGAACGCGUCUCCUUCCUGAGCGGUGUGACGGCUGCGUGGUCCCAUGGUGUUUAUACUUGCGUACUAUUGUUUGUACAGAUGAACGUGGUACCUUCAGGCGUUUGGAAAUUGCUCCCAAGGAUGAACCAGACUUGUGGAGGUCUACAAUUUUUUGGCUGAUUUCUUUUGAUUUUCCUAUGAUGUCAAGCAAAGAGGCACUGAGUUUGAAGGUAGGCCUUGAAAUACAUCCACAGGUACACCUCCAAUUGACUCAAAUGAUGUCAAUUAGUCUAUCAGAAGCUUCUAAAGCCAUGACAUCAUUUUCUGGAUUUUUCCAAGCUGUUUAAAGGUACAGUCAACUUAGUGUAUGUAAACUUCUGACCCACUGGAAUUGUGAGACAGUGAAUUAUAAGUGAAAUAAUCUGUCUGUAAACAAUUGUUGGAAAAAUUACUUGUCAUGCACAAAGUAGAUGUCCUAUCCGACUUGCCAAAACUAUAGUUUAACAAUACAUUUGUGGAGUGGUUGAAAAAACGAGUUUUAGUGUAUUUAAACUUCCGACUUCAACUGUGUGAUUUCAGUUCUAUAUAUAUAUAUAUAUAUAUAUAGACCUAGCUUGACCGCGUUGACUUGAUUGAGUGACUUUCAUAAAAUGGGGUUUCUGUCCUAAUGGUGCAGGGGGUGAUAAGUCUGUAUGUUACCACUUUCCCUUCCCAGUAACUUUGCCUUGUAGCAUUAAUCCACCAUACAUGCUGAAUUCUAUAUGUUUAGGUAAAGAAGACCAAGAAGAAGCAGAAACAGGCAGUAAAGGAGGCUAAGACAGCUUCUUCUCAUGGCAAGGAAUCAGAGGAAGGUACGACAUACAGCACCACCACUAAUACCACCAACUGUUUCAAUCAAUUGUGCCUAGCAAAGCGUGGUGGGGGCAGACAUUUACAGCUAAUCGUUACGUCCUUUCAGAGAAAUUGAAAUGAUUCAUCUUUGAAUGUGUUAGAUGAAAUCAUUAAUUUAUGCAUUUAUAGACUAUCUGACUAGGGCCCGGUUACCCAAUAGUGAUGGAAUUUAGGCUUACGAGGGGGGGGGGAGCACUGCUCUAGGAUCAGCUUUCUCCUUUUUCAAUCUUACCUUAACAUUAGAAUUGUUCUUAAGCUUAUUCUAAUGCUUCCCCUAUAAUAAUGUACUAAAUCAAGAUUUGGCACAUCAUUGUGCACGUUACACAUAAUAAAAUAUAUUGAGGCAAAAUUUAAGCGGUAGCUUACAAAUAGCUAAAUAAAACUCAAUUGCAUUAACAUGAAAUGGAUUUCCAUAUCAUUCAAAUAUAUAGGUGUAUGUAACCUAGACAGUAUUUAUAUUUUAAUACAGUCAUCUCUGUUUUCAUCUGAAGUGUAUUUGUUAUGCAAAAAAAUUGGCUACUUUGUUUUUGUAGUCUGUCACAUUCGUUCUGAAGUUAUCGGCUGUAACAGAGAGACGGAUAAACAUCUUGCUUUUGUGUUUAGCAGAGAUCUUCUGUGUAUAAAGUGACGCGGAAGGGCAAAAGACAUCUAACAACGUACUUAGCUGUUCGAGUGGUCUGAGGCAGUCGUUAAAUAAUGGGUGUUUUCAAGAGCAACUUUAGUAAUGAUGGUUUUGGGAAACAGCUCAGAGAUGUAACGAUGCUCCUAAGAAGGUUCUAACGAUGAACGUAGCCUAGAGAUGCUUUUUGGGAAACCGGGCCCAGAGCCUUGACAUUCUAACCAUAGAUUUGAACACAAGAUGUAGGCCUAUUUAACUUUCUCCCACUAACCUGCCCCCAUGUCUUUAUCAGUCUCAGGCACCUGGGAGACCAAGGUCAGUAACAAGGAGAAGCGUGAGCAGCGCCGUAAAGACAAGACCACCGGUGACGGGUCAGGGAGCCCUGGAGGAGUGGAUCCUCUGCCCAGUACUCCUCCCACAGAGUCAACCAAGGCCAGCCCCAAAGCUGCAGCCCCUGGGUCUGGCUCUGAGAAGAAAGAGAAGAAGAAGAAAGGUAAAGCUAGCUAGCUUUAGGUCUAUCACCUUAUUGUAUACCUCUCUGUUGGCAAAAGGCUGCAGCUGAGCAGGCCUGAGCUUGGUUAAAGACACACACUCUUUCACAAACUUUCUGUAAACAGACUAAUUUGGCAUCCAGGGAGACUGCUACUCUGUCUUCUCGUGUUAUUGCGUUUUGCUGUUCCCCUGUUGAUCAGACCUGCUAUAAAUACAUACCCUGGAGGACUCCGAGCCCAGAGAGAGAGGUGUAGCUUCUGCUGCUUGUCAACUGCUCUGUUAGCCUGGAAUCCAAACUGACAAUAGAGAAACUGAGCAUAUCAGUUUGGAUUCCAGGCUACUGCUCUUUGUGUGUUGACCUGCUCUCCCUUUGCAAAUAGGAAAUAUAAAUGUACAUGGAAAUAUAGCUACAGCCUUGCAUUUAAACAUCACUGUUAUUUCCCAAGGGGAAUCCUCCAAAACCGAAGCUGAGAAGGCAUAUGCCAUCCCUGCUGUUGCCGUCGUUACACAUCAAGGUAAAAAAUAUACAUAUAGAUUAAAAUUAGCAUCUGAUUAAGGGUUAGGAGAGGUUCAUGAAAGAGUGAAAUCAAAUAAUGUCCCAUUUUAAGAAAAUGAAUUAGCUCUUACUUGUACAGUACUUGGUUGGAGUCCUUUUCUUAGGCAUACUAUUUAAAGUGGUGCCAAUGUGUGGAUGUUCUUGAAGGGUGUUAAAUGUGUGUGUGUGUGUGUUGGUGUCAGAUAUUAGCAGCGAGGAGGCUCCGGUAGUGUCUGGAGAAUGGACUGACCGGGCUGUGACAGCCCAAGAGGCCCCAGCCCUUACCAUUGUUCCUGAUCAGGAGCACUGGAACUCUCCUGAGAGCAACCAAGACACCUCUGUCUGGGGGCAGGAGACUGACGGUAAUGAUGGUAGUAAUAUUUCCCAGGAAUAUACUGCAUAUGUAAUGGAGCAUUUUUAUACAGCGAAGUAUACACAGUACAAUGACAUUUUUACUGGCAAGAGUUUUCACUAAGGUUUUACAUUUACAUUUUAGUCAUUUAGCAGAAGCUCUUAUCCAGAGUGACUUACAGGAGCAAUUAGGGUUAAGUGCCUUGCUUAAGGGCACAUCGACAGAUUUUUCACCUAGUCGGCUCGGGGAUUAGAACCAGCGACCUUUCGGUUACUGGCACAACGCUCUUACACACUAAGCUACCUGCCGCCCGUUUUGUAUUGCAAUGUUGUUAUUAGGAGGAUGGGCUGUCAUUGAUGCGGGGAUAACAGGGAUAAAGGCUAAAGACCUGAAUCCAGUCUCAUUCACCAGACUAGGAGUUGGCACUGAAUGUAAUGGACUGACUGUUCUUUGUGUUCCGUUUGUGGACUCUGGGUGUAGGAUCACCUUUUGGCCUCUAGAUGGCAUGGUUUACACUACUGACAAGUAUACUGCCUAACAAAGGCAAAACGCAUUAACUAUGAAUUUGGUCAAAAAUAUUUGAUCUGUUGUAAUGGCCAGGUAUAUUAUCUGAUUCAUGUGGUAUUUAUUUUCCUGACACAAGAACACACCAGUUGAUCAGAAUAUAUAAUGGAGUAUAUAUAUCACCGUGUAGCUCAGUUGGUAGAGCAUGGCGUUUGCAACACCAGGGUUGUGGGUUCGAUUCCCACGGGGGGCCAGUAUGAAAAAGAAAACAAAUGUAAGUCGCUCUGGAUAAGAGUGUCUGCUAAAUGACUAAAAAUGUAAAAAAUGAGUAUCAGAAAUUGCUGAUCAUAAUCUCUGUCUGUACCAUGUAGGUGUUUUAACUAGACCUUUCCUCCGGAUGUGUUUUCUGCUGUAGGUGGGUCUGCUGCUGCAGUGGACAGUAGCUCUGACUGGAUUGCCCCAGAGGUGGUGUGGGGGAACAAUGAGGAACCCCCUGCUCCAGUAGAGACUGCCCCCCCUGGCCUGGAGGAGCCCCUGCCAGAGCCUGUCAAGGUUAGUCACCAGUUGUCAACACUUUUCAGGUGCCCCUCACAAGAGGUUUCUAACAUCAAGGGCCUGUUCCUGGUUAAAUAAAUAACAUGUUUUAUAUUUACAUUCUGUAAAUAUAAUCUGGGAAAGUUGAGGAGCGAGAGAAACCAUCUGCAGAGAUGUUCCUAGUUAAACAGAACAUUUCAUCAUGAAGAGAGAGAUGACAAGGAUUGAAUUUGCAUUUAAAAACCUCUAAAUAUAACUUGAUGCAUAUGUGAGGAUAGACUGACUGGUAGUGAGCACUACAUCCUUGAAAUGGGACUAGUUUGACUGCAGUGCAACAGUUGCUUGUAAAGACACCAUGCUGUAUCCUGUACAAGGUUCUGCGUAGAGUUAUAGUAGUGAUUUGGGGAUUGUUUCAAUUUAAAAGCCUCUGUCAAACAAAGCUGCACAUUUACAUUUCAGAAGCCUUCUCAUGUAAAAAAUGUAUCUGCUACUUACUGUACACAUUCCCCUUGUUAUUAUUUAGACUUUUUAAGCUCAAGUUGGGGAAAGGUUGUCAUGUUGAGCAGUCUAGAUGUGUCACAUAUUUGAUUUAGUUUUGUACUUGGAAUAUUUUUGUUUCACACCAGGGAUCAGGUGAAGAGAGAGAAAAGGCAGAGCCUGCCGCUGAUGGAACUGGGAAAUCUAAAAAGAAGAAGAAGAAGAAGAAGCAGCAAGCUGAAGAUGCAGUAGUUACUGGCCAGGUAACACUAUAGACUAAGCAGUUGAAGAACAAAUCAGUUACUGGAUUACUCCUUAACAACAUUUUUACAAUGUUACUAUAGUAAUUAAUGUUAUUACACAUGAAUAGAGCAACUUAAUGUAAACUGUUACCAUCACUCAUUAUAACUACAUUGCUGAGUCCCUCAUUGGGUCAUUGCUAUCUGUGGCCUUCCUGAUUGGCUCAUAUUUGUUCUGUCUGUGAUUGACAGGAAUCAGAGGAGCCAAAUAAAAAGGUUGUUACUGAGGCCAAGGUGAAGAAGCAGCCAAUCCAGGAGCCUGCUGCUCCUACUGUCCAGGCUGUCAACACUGCUGCUGUGGAGGUUGGUGACACUGUUCUAUAGACUUCCCCAAUGGCUGGGUCUCAAAUGGCACCCUAUUCCCUAAUAGUGUACUACUUUUGACUAGGGCUCGUAAGGACUAUAAAGGAAUUAAGGUGCCAUUAAGGACACAAUAUUUAUGUCCGUUUAGGGGACCCCUUUUGGCCCAUGAGCACCCCCAGAGGCAAAAGCUCUUUAUAGCCUAUUUAAUCCCAAGAUUUCUUCUUCCUGCAGGCAAGAGUGGAGCAACCAGUGGUAGUUCAGAACAAAGCCCCUAUCACACAAGUGCCACCCCAACCCACAGAGACAGAGCCUACUGCCAAGCAGAACAGUCUACAUGUUCCAUCACAGAGUAAGUCUAUCAGAACAACCACAUGUGAAUCACACUGGAGUCUGGUCUAGUGGUAGUGCUGCAGACCCCAGACUACGUAUGUCGGCCAGCAGCUGGGGUCCGAUCCCUGCAUACACCUUACUUCACUUUAUACUUUCCUAUAGUCUAUAUCCCCACUCAUUCCUUGCUAUACUAUGAUCACAAUAGAAACACGUUAAUAUUAAAGGAGGAAUAGCUUUACCUUCCCCUCGUGCCAUUCAGAUCUAGACAUAUUAGUGCCUAGGGGGGUUAUGGGCUGCUAGGCGUUGUUUCUAUGCAGGGCCUCCAUGUUGUGUGAUUGACUGGGCCACCAAGCUGCCUGCUCACCUUCCUCCUCCCAACCAGAUGUCGUCCCCUGGUUGUGGCAAAGUGUAGCUGUUGAUUUCUGGAGUUCCCCGGUUUUCCUGAAAUCCUAUUUGGAAGAUUCCUGGAAUUAAUUUGGGAAUAAGCAGGAAGUCCGGGAAUCCUCCAACCAGGGAAAGUUACAGAAAUGUUGCAACCCUAAUCAAACACAAGGCUGUAUACAGGCAGGGCUGCAGUUCUCUCUCGCUCUCUCAGCCUCCACUCAAACUUCUCUACAGCUACACUGUUUCUCAAUCCACUCCAGGAGGACCACACCUCCAUGGGUUGCACCUUUUUGUUCCCCUUGAUUGGAGGAUUCAGGUGGUAGUACUGGGCUAGAACAAAAAUGUUCACUCCCUGGUGAUCCUUCUGGAAUGGAUUCUACACACUUCCUGGUUCUAAAGUCUUAUCUGUUUCUCUUUUUCUAUUUAAUUUUUUACAACCUGUAUCUUGUCUUACAAAGAGUCCCAUAUUGUAUUGUAAGACUUCUCUCCCUGUGUGUUUUACCCCAUAGAAAAACCUGAAGAGAGCCAGCCUUCCAAACCAGUGAUGAAGAAGAAGCGAGCAAGAAGAGAAACAUGAGUUGGAGUCAUGAACAUGAUGAAGUUAUAUGCAAAGUACUUUGGAUUAAACAACCGCUGUUCAUCCUUAAAAAAAAAUUAAUUGAAAUAAAUAAACUUCUGAGUUCUGACUGGCCAGCUUCAUGUCCAAAAUGCAGCCUGGUCAAGCGGACUGGAUCUAGAUUAACUGUAAAGCUAAAUUCUGCGAAUCUGAUCAAUAUCGUAGUUUGGGCACACACAUGAAAAUUGUUUUCCAAUUCCAAUGAAUCUUUUGAAAGAUCAUGUUUGAUGAUUAGACAUCUAGAAAAUGAAAAAUAAAUCCUGAUUUAAUAGUGAUUGUGAUGUUGUGGCUUUGAGAGGAAUAUUAUAGUGGAAGAGUCAGCCGAGUCACAUGUUAACAUUACAGGCUUUUAUUAUGCAGUCUUUUUGUUUGCUGUUUAUAUCGUGAACGGUAUUGGUGCAGUGACUCCUGCUCAAAUGGUCAAGUCCAACACUACAGAGUCGUGUUCAAUAGGGCACAUGGUAGCAAACUGUUUUGAAAGGGAAAACUAAAUAAGCGAUUGCUAUCUGACAAGUCCAGGUAGUCCUCCCUGUUUCAGUCCAUUUUGUACUGUUUGGUGCGUAAUGAACACGACCCAAGGGAAUCAUGUUUAGCAUUUGGGUGCAGGUGGUGUUAGUGGUAUCUCUACUGUUCUGCUGUACAUGGAAAAGAGACAUGCUUUCAGUUACUUGCUGUUAUUUUGACCAUCUGUGUUGUGCUCAGUCCGUGUAGGUGCUUCUACCAUUGAUGGCUGUGUUGUCCUGUCCACCUGUGGUUGAUGAUUCAAAAGUCUUCAACCUUUUGUAACCUCUUUGUAAUAAAAACGCUUCAAGCCAUAUGUAAAAAUAUUAAAAAUAAAAGGCCUUUUCUAUAUUUGAUUAGUCUAUUUUGUAUUUCUAUUGUUUUUCCUAUUAAUCAGUUACCUCUAUUUGUCUCUUAUUUUUUUUUUUUAGCAACUGACUGGUGUGUAGUGAAAAGUAAUGUUUAGUCCUGCUGUAGACAGGAUGGUUUCAAACUGCUUUAAUCAAUGAUGUACUGGUAAUGAUGCAGUAAUCAGGAAUACAAUUUGAUGCCUUAAUUGGUUGAGUAAUGUAGGCAUGUGCUCUACAAACAAUUUUUUGAUUGUGUCUCAGUUCUAUGUUGGACCAUGUUUGUUCUGCACCCUGAAUCUUUCUCCACUUGUCUUUCUCCCUCAGAUGGAAAUGUAAUAUGUGAAUUGCUUCCAUUUUUCCUGAUUGGAGAUGGUAAUGUCUCAAAGUUCAAUUAUUUUAAUGUGUUUGAUACUUGUCCUUUACCUCGGUCUUUAUUGUCAAUGUUCCAAUUGCAAUAGAUUCAAAUAUGCCCUUUGUGUGAAUUUCUACCAUAAAGAUCAUAAAGGCACUAUUGUG